AUGGCUCCCGUCCCGGAGGCCUAUUUUCCGUCCCUGGACAAGUGCUUCUCCGGGGACGUUCAGCUCUUGUCCUGGAAAAGAGCUUUUCUUUACGCCAACGAUCCAGAAGCUCACGCCGACAAUGGAGGAAAUGUUACAGCCUUUCUUUCGCAUCCCGAGAGCAUUCAGCUACUGUCUCAAAGCUUAAACUCUUUCCCCGACCCUUCCUCAAAAUCCAAGCGCGAGUUCGAUUCGAAGACGUCCGCGAUCCACGUUGAAACAAAUGCGAAGAGCUCCUUCGAUCUCAAGGAGAUCAAGGCCGAUGCGCAAUGGCUCAGCGAAAAAGCGAGAAUUGACGAAGUCGCCGCUUUACGCAUCACUGUCCUCGAAUGGCAAAACCGUCCUGCUACCCGCCUGACAACAACCUUCUCUAGCGAGGAAGCUACGAGCCUGCAGAGUGCCGCAGGCACCGAUAAUCUGCGUGUGUCGGUAGCUGGGCCCAAUCUUGCGAGCAUUUUGAAGCAGACCGCGGACAAUGCAGGCUCAUCCACAUUUGACACAGCGGCAAGCCGGCGCCUGCGACUACGCGCCCUUUAUCUUUCGGAGAGGAGCCACCUGCUGAAGACAUAUCGCAAGCUACUCGCGUUAUCCCUACACGACACACCAACCGGAUCGAUAGCCUUCAGCACACGUGAAACAGAGUUAGUCGAGCUGGGAAUCAGGAUUUUCAAAGAGCAGUCUGCCGGUGAUGGCUUACAUAGGCUUCUCGAAGCAUGUAUCAUUGCCAUUCAGAAUCGGCUUCAAGACCUGGAGAGCAGUGGCUCCUGGCUCGGAGCGGCGGAGAGCAACGGAGAAACAGAGGAUAUUUGGAGAACUACUGUCGUGGAAGAAAUCACCCAUGUUCUCCAGAUUAUGUUUCACGGGCUGCGCGCAUCGCAGGCAGUACCCUGUGGUGCCCUCUUGUUAUCCUGGCUUGAACUCAUGGUUGACUACGAUUUCCUAGAAAAGUUACAAGUGCCUUGUGAGCAGCCGGUGGAAGUCUUGUUGCCUCUUCAAUCUUUCGUAUCGCUGACCACUCUGGCGUUUCUGAAACUUCCGCUUGCCUUUGAUUCCAUUUUCAACAAGAAGCAACCACAGACGAUCCCGGCCGGAAAACCGGCAUACUUUCUCUCAAAGGAUACGAUCUCCAAAACGAAUGAGAUUCUGGUGGGUGCAUCCCUUCAGCUGAGCACGGUUCAUCCUGCUGGCUUUUCAUGGGGCCUACUUCUAAAUACCAUGAGUGAGGUGGCUCUGAGCGACAAAGAGACCCAGGAGAUAGAGCAGUUUCAUACUGCGCUGGACUCCUUCCAGAGCAACACGCACAAUGCUGGGCCCUCUCAGACAUCCGAGCCGUCGCUGUAUGAAGUCCUACUGGACACUGCUCGAACGCCACAGUUCGGCGCCGUCGAAAAUGCAAUUGCAGAGAUGACAUCUGAUAUUGUCAAAGAAUCUGCCUUGAAUCAAAUCGUUACACUGUCCAUGAAGGUGGGCUCAAUUUCCGCAGUGGACGAUGACCUGACCGCUCGAUGGGUGCGUCUAGAGCUUCUCGAUCUCAUCAAAGUUGCGACUUAUUUCCUGGAUUAUUCGCCCGAGAUCAUGGAGUCGGUGCUGGCGAUUUUGAUGGGCACGUCUGAUGGGCUAUCGUGGCUCUCAGCGAGCUCCCUGGGACAUACCAACGAUCCGAAGACCGCUUUUAUCGAGAAUGAUCUCUUGAUGGACAGGAUUUUCCGCAUUGCACGGUCUCGGUUUCCUUACGAAACCGUUCCUUUCUUGAAGCUUUGCCGUGCGCUGGUGAGCGGCCACUCCGUGGAUGUAGAAGGCCAGCCUCGGGUUUUGCAGGAACUGGAGAGCAUGAGCACCUUUACUCAAAUCGUUCCCCCCGGGUUUUCAGGUUAUGCGACCAUUCGUGAAGACGAAAAUGCCAACUUUGUGUCACUUAUUCGGUCUCUCCCAAUGCUCGAAUCCUCCUCUCACAGGCAUCUUCCAGAAAACGAGACAAGCAGUGCUCUGGUUGUCAGUGGCUCGUCUGAAAUCCCAACGGCAACCGUUGGCCAAGUGAUCUCCGAAUCAAGACCUGCAGUCAUCAUGUGGCAGCAUCAGUAUUCGUGUCUGAGCUACCUGGGAAGCUGGCUUGAAGAGUGGAGCGAAAGUGGUGCGCACUCCUCGGGCUGGGACGCUGAGUCUGGUACGGAGGUCAUCGGGCUCCUAGCAGACCUGAUUGCCAGCGCGAAAGAUGUCCGCGAGCAGGAUUCCGCUGGCACAACUGCAAAAAGGAUCCUGGAGAUGGCCAGUGACGGGCUUUCUCGGCAAGGAGAUAUCAUCUCAGUUGUCUUGGACAUCUUCGAACGCAACCUGCAAAGCAUCGGAACUCGGGGUGAUGCUCCUAAUGCGUUGGAUCCCAUCAUGACUUGCCUUCAGUUUAUCCAGGAGGUACUGAAGGUUCUUCCCAGCCGAGUCUGGCCCUUCUUUAGCCGCAGUAGCUUCAUUGGAUCAGACGGCAAGGGAGGAGUUAUGUCUGGAGUCAUUUCAGCGAUGGAGAUUCCCUCUGGGGAAUAUCCGUUCCUUGUGAGCUGCGUCAACCUGUUCGAAGCUGCUGUAGAUGAUGCAGCAUCUCGUGCAGUUCUGCGGAAGAGCCCAGCAAGCGUUUCUGGAAAGUCGACGAUUGCUUCCGACUGGAGCGCCGGCAUUCCUUCCCAUGUCAUGAGGAGCAUUCUGCUGAAUUUCACCCGGACGAUGGUUGAGAUCUAUAACAGUAAUGGUAACUGGAGGUUCAAUCUCCCGGAGCAACGGUUCAAAAUCAACGGAAUGCUGGCUGCUUGUUUUGACCGGAUCCUUUACUAUGCCUAUGGAAUCAACGACAGUGCGAAGCUGGAAUCCAAGAUCACCGGCGUUUUCUCCGAGUCCGCAGCAUACAUCCUCGACUUGCUUCGUCCUCGGUCAACCGCCGACCUGCCUUUCAGUCCAAUCCUUCGAUUAAUUUCAGACGGCCUUCAAACCCCGCCGACUCUCCACCUACGCUAUCUCACUCUUAUUGAAAGUCAGGUCAACUCCACUUUGAACCUCUGCAUCAAGCUCGUACAGGCAGCGCGACUCGCAGAACAGCCCGCAUCCCUGUUGGAAGAACAGUUGUUCAAGGCUGCCCCCGUCCUGGUGAAGCUUUAUGCUUUGCAUGACCCCUACCGCCUGCCCGUUGUGACGUUGCUUGAGAUUCUCAUUAGUAGCGCCGCAUCAGAUCCGGAUAACGAACCCCCGUCGCUUGUCGGUCAUCUUGGAGCCGAGUCGUCAUGCCUUUUCCUUGACGUACUCUCGCAGCUCGACAAGCCGCUUGCCAAUGAUACCUUGUUGCUUUCAGUCUGGCAGCUACUGUCAACCUUUGUCAGCAAGCGUCAACAAUGGCUUGCAGUCUUCAUUCUUACCGGCGCAUCACCCCGCCAGACGUUAAAGAAAUCCGACAAGGGUGGAGGCCCGAGCAUGCGAGGCGUGCCCUUCUUGCAAAUGGCACUUGAUAAGCUGGCCAACAUUGACAAUGAAGAGCCCCAGGUUGCCCUAGCUUUGCUAGGGUUUGUGUCCCGCGCGCAAGAAAAUUGGCCAUGGGCUACCCCACACUUGAAAAACCAUUCUCAAUUUUUCACCAGCAUCGUAAACUAUGUCUCGAAACUGAAAAUCACCUCCCUGCCUGUGACAGACCAAAUCUUUGCGACGCGGAUUGCCGCUGCUGUCGCAGACAUCUCUACGGUCUAUCUGCACUCGGCCAAGGAAUCAAGAGACUGGAGCUUUGUCAAGACCCUUAUCCCCCUUGUGCAGUGGUAUGCCAAAGAUGCCGUUGAGGUCUCCGCCUACAAUUCGUCCUUGCACGCGAACCUGAAGAGGAACUUUGAGAAGCGAUACUCUGGCUGCAAGAUGGUCGACUUCAAGCGGUCCCCGCUAGUCACUCGCAGCCUGGGAAGCCAUUAUUAUUAUGAUCUUGGCAUGGGGCACAAGCUAUUGUCUUUCGACCUUGCCUGGAGCGGAAGAUCUCGGAAUCAGGGCUUCUCUGAGGAGUUUGCGCGUGCCAAUAUCAACUUGUCGCUUGUUGAAGCGCAGGUGUCUCUACUCAACAGCUGGAAAUUCUUUGCAAUCGAGCAUUGUGCAGAUUUCAUGCCGGAUCGCGAAAUCCAAAAGUCCAUGGCAGUUGUAGCGCAAAACUGUCUCGAGGCCAAUACCCGCAGCGUGCCUCCGGAGGCCAUCUUUGAGCGAAUUCAACAAGUGCGGGUUGACUUUGCGCAGGCCCUUCUCCAACGUCUUGUUGAGGUGGAGGCCCAUGGGGCCGAGGUAUUCGGGCUGCUUGAGGUUGUCUUCAAGACACUGCGUGCUCGGCACCGGACGUACGAGGAGGCACUUCUCAGUGAUGACACCGAAUAUUACCGAUCCCUCCUCAAUGUGCUGUUUCUGGCUCUCCAGUUCCAUCUCCCAGCGCCCAACCGCACCAGCCCCGAGGCACUCAGUGGACAGCCCAGUGUCUCGUCCGAUUUGAGCGUGGUCGUGGAUAUUGUCAAGACCGUCGUCGCGCAGGGAUUCAGGUCGCUCACUACGUAUCUGCACGAUGAGCCGGAAAAAUGCACGCCGAAGGACUUCGCCAUCAUCAUCGCCGUCCUUCAGACCUGUUUGCAGGUCAAGAAUGCGGACCGGUUCUAUGAGCACAUUGCUUUCCACCUCGCAGAGAACGACAUCGCCCGCCAUGCGACGACGUUAUUUUCCUGGGCCGACCAACUGGCCGUGGCGGGCGACCCGAUCUAUGGCGAUCUCAGUAUCUCGAUCCUCGUCAAAAUGUCCACCCUGCCCCUGCUAGCCGAACACCUGGCCGUCGAGGGUGUUCUGAUGAAAUUGUCCACCUGCCGCCUGACCAACAUCCUGCGGCAACCGAAGGGCUUCGGCCCCUUCGACCCCGUUCCCCGGCUGUACACCAUCUGGACUGGCGGGUUCCUUCCCCUAUGCCUGAACCUGCUCUACAGCGUCGUCCGGGCCGCGCCGGAGGUGGCCGCCUUCCUCAAUCAAUUCGAAGGCCAGCUUAACCGCGCAUCUGAGUGCUUCUCCACGCCCCACGCUACGGUCACCCCCGGUCCGGCGGCGCAGUGGGUCAGCCUGAGCAUGGCCUCUGAGGCAUACUCCCUCGCCCUGGUCUCCUUCAUUCUCACCCGCUUCCGCGAGGCUGGUCCCAGUGCCGGCCUCGACGCACAGUCCAUCCAGGAACUGAAGUGGGACAAGGCGCAGGUAAAAGAAGACAUCGAGGAACUGCUGGGCCGCCGACCGACGCUGCGGGCGCGCAUUGUCGCCACGACCGAAAAGGAGGUGGAAUGGUCGCGGCAGGGACCUUCUGACGCGGCAUCUGGUGCUGAGAACCGGCUGGAGGAGAAGGUUGUGAGCGAGUUGAAGGCGGCGGUGGCUUGUUUGGGGGUGAGGAGGAAUCAUGAUAACCAUGUCCAUUUUAUAGCCUUUGAAGUACUCUUUGUGUCUGCCAUGUAUUUUGGACUGGAGCGGGGUGUAGUAGAAUCCUUUUUUGUUGUUACGCAUGGGUUCAAUUGA